AGUGUACACAGUGUACGCGGAUAUGGGAUCUAAGCACACACACACGGAGCACACGGUUAGAGACAAAUUAUGUUAACGGUGAAGCUUUCUUUCUGGAACAACAACGACGACGUGUAUUUCUUUUGGAUUAGUUUUGCUCUUUGGUUAGAACGGACUGGAUUAAAGGACUAAACCGACCACAGUUCCUAUAACGCACCACCACCAGCAGCACCAGUAGAAACAUGGACUCGGCUCCAGGAUAGUCUGAAUCAUGUUUCUUAAUCUUGCCCUGUCGCUUUUGCUGGUGCUGUGUCACCAGCAGGUCUCCUCCGGUGUCGGAUUGACAGGAGGGUCCUCAAACAUCACAGUGAUGGCCGUGAUGCCUGAAACCGAUGAGUGUGACCUCGUGAUGAACCACAGUGCCGCCGACCGCUGCUCAUUUGUGAAGAACACAUCAGACUGCAGCAUGGAAGAUGGCUUCAUCAACUACCUGGACUUGGUGUUCUGCUUGCUGCCUCCCAACCUCACUCCUCUCACUAUCACACUUUGUAUUAUAUGGCUCCUCUUCUUGUUUGUCUUCCUUGGACUUGCUGCGUCUAAGUUCUUCUGUCCCAACCUGUCGGCCAUCUCUUCCAGUCUACACCUCACCCACAACGUGGCCGGCGUGACAUUUCUGGCUCUUGGUAAUGGAGCUCCUGACAUCUUCAGCGCCAUGGCUGCGUUCUCCCACCCACACACGGCGGGGAUGGCUGUCGGAGCUUUAUUUGGAGCUGGUAUAUUUGUUACUACGGUAGUUGCGGGCAGCGUGGCUCUGGUCAAACCUUUCGCUGUAGCCUCGCGGCCUUUCCUACGUGACGUCACCUUCUACAUGGUUGCAGUGUACUGGACUUUUCUCAUGCUGUACAGAGGAACUACGACGCUGGGAGAAACACUAGGCUACCUGGGCCUCUAUGUGGUGUACGUACUGACUGUCAUCAUCAGCGCAUUCAUCUACAACCGCCAAAAACAUUCAGCAAACACAAGCAUCCAGAACGUGGCGCAUAUUCAAGAGGAUUUGAAUUCGUCCGACUCAUCGGAUGACGACGUCUCCUACCUCCCAGCCGGGGCCAUCCAGCAGGAAUAUGAGUCAGAGUACAGACCGCUUCUGCCUUACUCUGAGUCCACGAGCCACAUCCUGCUGAGCUCUCUGAAUCCCGUGGACUGCAGGAAGUGGAGGAGGAAGCCACUGAGCUGGAGAGUGCUCAAAGUAGUCAAGACCCCUCUGGAGGUGCUGCUGCUGCUCUGUAUCCCCAUAGUUGACCCCGACAAAGAGGACAAGAACUGGAGGCGCCCACUAAACUGCCUGCAUCUAAUCACUGCUCCGCUGGUGUGUGUGCUCGUCUUCCAGUCUGGAGCGUAUGGAGGUUAUAUGAUUCAAGGGCAGUUUCCCCUCUGGCUUCUGAUUCUUCUGCUGGGACUUUUUCUGUCUUCUAUUGUCUUCUGCACAACGACCAAUGAUUGUCCUCCCAAGUAUCAUCCAUUCUUUGCUCUCUUGGGCUUUGUGGUGAGCGCGGUGCUGAUCAGUGCGGCGGCCUCUGAAGUGGUCAGUCUCCUACACAUGCUCGGGGUGGUGCUGAGUCUCAGCAACACCGUGCUGGGCCUGACUCUUUUGGCCUGGGGCAACAGCAUAGGAGACUGUUUCUCAGACAUCACCAUUGCCCGGCAGGGUUAUCCACGGAUGGCGAUAUCUGCCUGCUUCGGAGGCAUCAUUUUUAAUAUGUUGUUUGGGGUGGGGUUGGGAUGUGUGACCCAGAUGGUUAAAACACAAUCUGCAGUGCAGUUUGAAUCACAGGGUCUGCUGACGUGGAUUCUCGCAGGAUCUCUGGGUUUGUCUUUGGUCCUCUCCUUUGUCAUCGUUCCACUCUGCCGCUUCCACUUGAGUCGGGCGUACGGGAUCUUUCUCCUCAUCUUCUACGUCACCUUCCUCAUCAUUGCACUUCUCACAGAGUUUGGCAAGAUUCACCUAUAGACCCGUGGCCAGUCUCAAAGAGGAGGUGUCGUCUCGUAAUGACAAAUGACGUCGUCUUCUCCUUUUACCCAUAAUAUACUGAUGAACUAUUUAUACAAGAAUGAACAGUACACUUGCCUGCUAACCACCUCAUGUGGUUAGACAGUGAAACCAAGCUAAAGGAAAGCCAGGACUGCUCAGGGAGAGCUGCAACUAACAUCCUACUGUGCCUUAAUUCAGCUUCUCAUUUGUGCCAACGGGAUCUGCAGUGGCACUUAAAGAGUAUAAAGGGACAUUACAGAUUGUAGAAAUUUGUACUUUGAAACACUGUGAGUCAAGAUACUGUAAAUCGAAAUGUCAAUGACAUUGUACAAAGCUACUUUUGGGCAAUUAAAUAAUUUUGGUGUUUUUUA